UUCCUCCUACUUCUACUACUCCUCCUCCUCCCACUACUACACCACCGCCACCAUCACCAUCAUCAUUACAACAACACAAUUAUCAGCAGCAGCAGUCGCUAUUGAGGGCGGCGGCAGCGCAAGGCUAAAACAGAUUGGAAGUGGUGGAACGGUUCAUUGGAUGUAUUCAUGCCCAGUUCUGGCGCAAUUUCUCUAAGUGAUUUCUAUGGGGGGACAUUUCUCCCCCUGAUCCUUUUUUAUCUAUGGCGUCCCAUGCUUUUCCUCUUGCCGUGUUGCUUCUUUCUCUCGUCCUUUCGAGCCUUGCUGACGAUGGUCUGGGAUAUGAAAUACAACCGGGUAUUGAAAUCAUCAAACAACCUUACACAGUGAUAGCACAGUCAAAUAGUCCAUUGGUUCUAAAUUGCUCUGUGUCGUCAACAGUCCACACAAGGUCUGUCGUAUGGAAGAAGAAUGAGAAUACAAUUAUACCUCGAGGUAGAAUUUCCGUCUUACAGAAUCACACCUUGUUUUUUCGGCAAGUUUUGAACAGACGGAAAAAAGGGAAGAAACGGAAUGAUGAAGGGGUUUAUGAUUGCUACGUGAAGAAUGAUUAUGGGACCGUACUUGCCACACGGAUCAUAUUACUUAUUGCAGGUAUUCAAACAUCAUAUAUCCAAGAACCUGAAUCUCAAGUAGCAUAUGUAGGUGGCGUUGCUAGUUUCCAGUGCAACAUUAAGGCAGUGCCACAUGCUGUUUAUGUCUGGGAAAAGGAUAAAGCACAACUUCCAAAUGACCUCAGGUACACAACACUACCUUCAGGUAUACUCCAGAUUUACAAUGUCAAGAAAUCUGAUGUUGGUUACUAUCGAUGCCGGAGUUAUCAUGGGGCUCUGCAACAACUGCCAAACCAAGUGUCCAAAUUCCAGUGGAGAGAUAGUUCACAAGCCAAACUGGUUGUACAAGAAAGUUCCGGGUCGCGACCCCCAAGGUUCCUCAGUCAAUCGUCCGGAGUAAAAGCCAUGGCAGGAAGUACUACAGUUUUGGUGUGUAUCGCUGAUGGGAGUCCUCUUCCUAAGAUCACUUGGUCCAGGGAAGAUGGGAAGAAAAUCCAGGAAAAAAACAUGAAAAUCCUCGUUGGUGGGAGCCUACAGCUGAGUCACCUGGAGAGGAAGGACAGUGGCAAUUAUAUUUGUUCAGCAUCAUCUGGUACAAUAAUCUUAGCCAUCAUCUCAUUGGACGUACAAGUUGAACCUGAAAUUCUCAACGAACUACCCCACAGAGCUUAUCCCCAAGCUCACGUUGUCGACUUCAUCUGUCGUUACGAUGCUGUACCAUUUCCGACACUCACCUGGCUAUUCAAUGGAAAGAAGAUAAAGGUGGGCAGCAGAAUCUCAAUUAUACCGAAGAAAGAUGGAAUAUCUCUGCUAAGAAUUAUUCAAAGUCAAGAGACCGAUUCCGGCUAUUACCAAUGUUUUGCUGAGAAUUCUGUUGGUUAUGCUUCAGGGUUAGCCAGGCUAAAGAUUGAAGUCAAUGUGAAAGCACCAAAUCCUCCACGCAAUGUAACCCUCCAUACAGUCACAAUGAAUGCCUUAAACAUAAGCUGGCAGCCACCUAUAGCCAAACCAUGCUGUCCCAUCAAGACAUAUUCUGUCCAUUGUUCAAGAAAAUCAAAACCAGGAGAAGAUAAGCUUGUCGAGAAAACCUUCCUAAUAUUGAAGGACCUGGAGCCCUUUACCAACUACAGCUGUUAUGUCACUGCAUACAACCAUUUUGGUGCCAGUGGCCAUUCCAACAGUGUGUCUCAGUUCACUCCUGAUGCCACGCCUUUAAUUGCUCCACAAGUAGAUAUACUUGGUAAAACACCAACCAGCAUUAAGAUCAAGUGGGGUGAAAUACCAAGGGAGUACCGUCGUGGUGUGAUCACCCAAUACAGGGUUUACUACAAGGCCCACAACAGAACCAAUAUGGAAAAGUUCAAGAAACCAGCAGUCAGGGAAUAUCUAAUUACUGAUCUUAUGCCAGACACUGUCUACCAUAUUCGACUGUUAGCUGGUACCAAUGCAGGCUUUCCAACACUGUACGACUCCGACUGGCCUUGGGUUAUCACCAGGACCUUGAAUUUGAAGAGACCAGUUGAACCUCCCCACAACUUACAAGUGGUUAUACAGAAUGUUAGCUCUGUAAUUGUACAAUGGGACCACAACAGUACACUGACCAUCGAUGGUUUUGUACUGCAGGUCUAUAUAGUCGAUGCUCCGGGGAAGAAAUUUGUGUACACGCUUCCAAACUAUGUCACCAGCUUACCUUUGAAUGAUCUUGAGAACAACACCUAUUACCAAGUGUCUGUCAGUGCAUCAAGCAAAGAAGCAGCCUCAAUCCAGAUGACUCGAGUCUUCCAGACCAGCACCCAGGCCAAUGUCCCCCAAGCUCCCCAAAUGGUCAUUGCUAGGCCUAUCUCACCGUUUGCUGUAAACCUUACGUGGGACCCGCCAGUCUUGGCUGCAGCUGGUGCCAACAUAACCUACACAGUCAGGUGGAGUCCGAUAUCUUCUACCAAUGGCGGCAAUGAAAAUACUUUUAAAACGAAUUUGACAACUGUUGUCAUUAAGGGACUACAACCAUAUACGGAAUACCAGUUCUCGAUCCGUUCUCACUCAGGAAAUGAAAAAGGACCAUUUAGUAAACUAGCCAUAGCCAGGACCAACGAAGGAGUUCCUUCAAUGCCAACCAAAGUCAACUGGCUGCCGGUGGGGGCAGGUAAAGUGAAGGUGGAGUGGGCACCGCCCAUCAAGUCCAACGGUGUUGUACUGACGUACACAAUUUUGUACAGCAUCGAUAAACAAUCUCCGAUCUCAUCAUGGGUUCAAGUUGUUCAGAAUGGUUCGAUGACAUCAUUGACUUUAGAAAAACUACUGAGCAAAAUUUAUUACAUGAAGAUGUGGGCCAACACUACUGCAGGGAAAGGCUCAAGCACUAAAGUCAUUAUAAUCGAUAUAACAUCCAGUCCUGACCCAACAGCAUCUGUGGCAGUACCACCUAACACCACUGCCUCCAGUCAUGGUUUCACAACAUCCCAUGCUGGGAUCAUCAUUGGUGCCGUUCUCGUAAUCUGCAUCCUCAUCACCAUCUUCAUUGGAUGUUUCCAACACAGAUGGUGCAAAAGACAGAAUCUGGCCCUUGAUAGUCAUAUCAGAAGCAACGGCCACGGACCAAAUCACACCAAUUUGACUGGAAUGCAUGAACUGGAAUCUCGAACUCCUAUGCUUAUCCGACUCUCAGAAAAUGAGAAUUCUGAUGCAAAGGGUGGAGGGCACUUGAUGUUUACUUCUAGCGGAACACCAAUUAAUGGUUACCGAGUCUCCAGUGGUUUAAACGGUCACAUUCCUAACGGCCACACGACCAGUUUUAUAGCUACGUGUCUGGACAAGGGCCUGACUGGCGACAGUGGGUGUGUCAGUGUUGACAGUGGAGUUGGUGGUGGAGUAGCAGGGGAUAACGACACCCACCACAGCCCUAACGAUGCUGACGACACCAAAGAACGUGGUGAAGAAUCGCAGGGUAUGGAACAAACGGAGCCCCUUUUGUCGAAAAGAGGGAAACCUGAAAGUCAAUCGGAACAGUCUACCUCGCAAGCUCCAAACCAAGAUGACACGGGAGAUGUGAAGUCCAGCUCUGAUGCUGCUGAUACAGGGACCACCAACGGGCCCUCGUUAUCAGCCACAGAUCCUGGCACAACGAUAUCACCUCCUUGUGAACAAACUGCAAAUGUAACGCAGGAUGGUGCACCGAGCACGGGCAACGUGCACCCACACACUCAAUCAAAUGUCCCCUCGAAACAUGUGACUGAAGAUGGAGGAUGUAACACUGGCAGGGUAACUGAUGCAGGCUGUCCCAGUAACGAGAACGGCCUCGAUGCAUCGGUGGAAUCUCCUACAGACAGCACACCAAUCACUCCUCGUGCUGGAACUCAUGUUGAGCACGACCAACCGGGGAAAUCUAACAGAAACCAAUAUCUUACUUCUACCUCAAAUUCUCUCCUACCACACACUGACCUCGGGGUCUCAUCCACAAACAUUAAUGUACCUCCUCCUCCUCCGUCGUCGACGAUACCGACCACCAACACUAAUAAUACAACUACUAGCUCAACAGGCAUUGUUAAUAAUAAUUCGACAAGCUCCUACACCCCAACAACCUCUGACACCCCGUGUGUCGAUUCUGCACCAAACUGCAGCCAUACCUCACUAAAGUCAUCACAUCCACAACAGAGUCCUCAGGAAGUUUACAGUAAAAUUUCUAACAAUCCAUUGUUAGCCAGCCACAGCAAUCUUCCUCCCAACAGCAGUGUUCUUGGAUACAAAGCAACAGUUCAAAGUUCCGACGAGAACCACCACCAUUAUCAACCACAGAGACCAUUACCGACAGACCAACAGCGCCCUCUACUGCUUGACUCCAGCAGUGUGUGUGCUAGACCAACAAUCUUGGCAGGCAAUUUAGAGUUAGACAUAGUGUAAAACUUUAGAACAGUUAGCUUGUUUGUCCCAUCAACUCUUGGGUCCCUCUUUCACGUGGAAGUUGGUCCCUUAAUGCCUUUUCUUCAAGGGUAAACAAACCAACCCUCUCCAACAGAUGCGGGUAUUUUUUCAGAAAUUUUUUCUCUCCCUCUCUCUCUCUCUUACUUUCUCUCCCUCUCUCUCUCUUGUAUAUGUGUAUAUUAUUCAAACCAUAAAAUCACUCCUCCUUUUUAAAAGGAAUGCUGAAAAGAAUAAAAAGAUUUAAAAGAAAAAG